GGGCGUUACGUUUGUCGCGCGUGUACAAUGUUAAGUGUUUGUGAAUUUGUGAAUAAUAUUUUAUAGUGAAAGUAAAUGAAGUAAAAUGAGAAUUGUCUCUGGACUCCUAUUGAAGCCGUACAGUGUUAUGUCAAAGAGAACCUAUAGGUGGACAAUAAAAUGUUGUAGUGUGUUCUGACAGUGGAUUUAAGGAUUGCUUAUAACGCCAUCUAGAGGUUCCAGUCUGAAUUACUGGAAGCGUUUGGAAGAGAUUAAAAUUCCGGUUGAGGAAUGAAGACAGGAUUUGAAUUAUUCUUGACUAUAGUUAACUAUAGUCUGAAGGAAGAAGAGUUUAGAAAAGAUUUAUCAUUCGUUGGAAGAAUGUUAUACAACGAAAAGUUUAUUUAAGGUUUGAUACGUCCAGGAAAUAUACUAAUUACAACGCCAUCUGUUGGGAAGAUUUGAAUUAUUAUAGAAAAAGAAUAACAUAUAAAUCAUAUUUUAAUACUACGUCCCGGGGGGACGAGAGUUUUAUUAUAUGAACAUCAUUGAACAUUCAUCAGGAUAUAAAAACACAUCAUCGUAAAAUUUGUAAUAGCGCCAUCUAUUAAACAAAGUCUAAAAUAUUUUAAGUGUAUAAAGAGGCUGAAGGCAUAUUGGAAGAUCUGAGUAAAUCAUGAAAACCGUGGCAGGCAAUGUUGAAUAUUAUCAAGAUUAUCAAACGCGCCGUAAUAUUGGUUGAUGAGUUUAAAGGCUUAGUGUACAGAGAGACAUGUGGUGCACUGAAAUUUAUUUAAAUAGUGUCUAGAUUUGAAAAAGUACUUUCAAACUCUUGAAAAGAUUGUAACAAGUGGUGCAAAACCAACAGUGAGGCAAAACCAAAACAAAAUUCAUCCUGAAUUAACAUGAACUUUGUUGAACACAGAACCAUGUGAAUAGUGUCUUACUGAAUACAGAGGCAAACCUGGAGUAGGAAAACCUGAAUAGCCUUCCUAGUAGAUUAUUCAUUUUGUAAGGGUACUUGUAAACUCUUAAUUUUUUUUUUUUACCAUAACCAGUGAAGUACGUCUUUAGGCUGAACCGAAAGAACGACGUCACUUGUAUUAACACUUGAACAAAACCAAUUUAAGAGUGGCUUAGUGUUUACAGAGUCAAAGCUGGACUAAAAUAGCCUCCUCAGCAGAGUUAUAAUAUUGAAAGAACACUUUAAAAUAUUUGACGGUUGAUGUUAAUAAGUGAAGUGCAUCGUGAGGCUAAAAUAAUACCGAUACAAAAGCAGAAUUAUUGAGGGUGUUUUAGGCUGAACUAAAAAUAGCCUUGUCAAUAGACUAUUGAUUUUGAAAGGAUAUUUUAAAAACUUGAUUGAUCCCAGAACUAAGGAAGGAACCCGAUAAAAGGAACAAUAUCUUUUAAAAAAAUGGUGGAAGACACAACUCAAAACGGGGAUAGGAUGUCUGCAGCUGCGGUGCUGCAAUUCGCAGCUCGGGAAGCAAGAGAAGGCAGGCGGUUCGCGGAAUUUGGUGCCCAUGCAUUCGCCAGCAUCACCUACAACGCUCAUGCAUCCCUCGGUGAGAUGGGUGGCAGUGGCAGCUCCUCCUCAUCACACAUGUCACCCGGAUGGCAGGUCAACGACCUGGAUCUGGAUCUACCUGGAGAGUUGACGAUGAACGAGGCGUUGCUUUCCCUGCCAUCGUUGGCAGUAUUCAAGCAAGAAGCACCAUCUCCAACUGGGGCCGUACUGUCGCCCCCACGUCGGGCCUGGCCCCCGAGACGACAGAAUGAGAGACAGAUCACAAACAUGAUUGUUGAUAAUCGCGAAGCGAUGGACGAAGGCUGUCAAGAGUCGCCGUCUCAUAAUAAUUUAAUGAGUCAGCAUUCUAACAGCCCGGAAAGCAUGCAGUGCCAAACAAUGGCGCCCACCAUGAUGGAUAUGAGCGGAUACAAUUCGCCAAACGAACAUGACAAUAAAAAUGCCGGGUUACUAAUGUGUUCUCCCAGCGCGUUUGACGGCUUCUUGCAGUCACCUGUACGCUCUGAGACCAGUUAUAAGGAUGACUCAAGAUUUCAGUACGUCCUGGCUGCAGCGACGUCUAUAGCCACGAAACAGAACGAGGAAACGUUGACCUAUCUGAAUCAAGGGCAGCCAUAUGAGGUUAAGCUGAAAAAACUGGGUGAUCUAUCGCAUUCUAAAGGGAAAAUAUUGAAGAGUGUGAUAAAAAUUUGCUUCCACGAACGGAGACUUCAAUAUAUGGAGAGGGAGCAGAUUGCGCAGUGGCACGCCCAAAGACCAGGCGAGAGGAUUAUCGAGGUCGACGUCCCAUUGUCAUACGGUGUGACGCGUGUUGAACAGCCGUCCGCGUUGAACGCUUUGCAUGUGUAUUGGGACCCGACUAAGGAUGUUGGUGUGUAUAUCAAGGUGAAUUGUAUAUCCACGGAAUUCACCGCGAAGAAACAUGGCGGCGAAAAGGGCGUACCUUUCCGCAUACAGGUUGAAAGUUAUUUGGCGAGCGAGGAGUCGGUUCGACUACACGCGGCCGCCUGUCAAAUUAAGGUGUUCAAAUUGAAAGGCGCAGACCGUAAGCAUAAACAGGAUCGAGAGAAAGUCAUGCGCCGUCCGCCGGCUGACAUCGAGAAAUACCAACCUGGCUGUGAGGCAACAGUUCUUACUACGCUCUCAAAUGACGCUUUGAUGCCUCCACCGGUUGUUACAACAUCACCACCAUACUCUCCUGAAUUGUGCUCACCAAAGGUGGCAAGCCCUGGACUGAACAAGCCUGUGCUGUCUCAGCCAUCUAUCAUCACAACAAACCAGAUGAAAGCCUUGUACUGUCAAGAUGCCCCGGAGGUUAAAGUGGCAACACCGUCUUGUCACUCGCCCGGCGCCAUCUUGCCCGACCUGCCGCACCCCACAGAUAAUGACACUGACAAGAAUAACGGUCUCUCGAAGGAGGCAUCCUCGGCGGACACGCAAGCGUGGCUGACUCGGCACCGUUUCGCCCAACACGCGGCUACGUUUAGCAACUUUUGCGGGGCCGAUCUGUUGCGUCUCUCUCGUGACGAUAUAAUACAAAUUUGCGGGCUCGCUGAUGGUAUACGACUAUACAACGCCCUUCAUGCGAAACGCAUCGAACCACGCCUAACAGUGUACGUAUGCGCUAGUGGUUCAAAUAUAUACAGCGCAUUGUACCUCGACGCAUACGCAGCCAGCGAAUUACUCAUCAAGCUGAAGGGGCUUUUGCACAGUGCUGCCGCCAAGGAAUGCGACACAGUGCUAGUGUCGGGACCGAACGGGGCAAGAGUUCGUUUAACGGACGAACUCGUACGACAUCUCCCAGAUUCGUCCACUUAUAAACUUGAACAUGUCGAAAACUCACUUCUACUAAGUCCGACUAACUAAAAUGUAGUUGAAAUUACGCGGUAAUCAUUAUUACAGCAUAUUACCGAGACGUUCGAAAAUAACUUAACGGUAAUUGCAGGAAUAUUACGGUAAUGUUUCAAAUGUCAAUGGUAAUCAUUAUUACCGUAUAUUACUGAGAUAUUCGAAAAUAAUUUUACGGUAAUGCUAUUAUAUUUUCAUCGAUAAUUACUAAUACUUGGACUAUUGUAUUACUGUAUAGUAUAGCUAUUGUAUUACUGUGAACACAAUGUUAUUACUGAAAUGUUUCUGGUAUUGCCGUAAUGUUACUUUAUAAACCGUGAAUAAAGGCUAUCUUAUUGUUAAAAUAAAUGUGAAAUUCCAUUUGGAGAUUAUUAUACCAACUAUUGGCAGGUGUCUCCGUCAUACCCGAUAUAAAGGUAAGAGACGGCAACACUUGGACAUUUAGUGAUUGAUUAAACUCAUACAUUGUUAUUUUUAAGUAGUUUUAAAAUUAGUAAUCACCUCAACUUAGUAGUUGUUAGUAAAUGUUAGUACAUUUAGUUGUAAUUUAUGGAUAACUCUCCGUAGAGGUUAAAUGUCAGUUUUGACGCAAGUCUAAAAGUCAUAAAUAUAAAUUAUGACAGAAUAGGUUGACGUCUGUCAACCUCUUAGAAAUGUCAUUGUUCUUGUCGCAUGAAGUUUGCGCUAGAAAUGUCAACUACAAUUGUUACAGACUAUCAAAUGGGUGCAGUUGUCAAUUUUCAGAUGUGAAAGUUAUAAAAAAUACUAAAUAUGUCAACACGAGUCCGUGAUUUUGUAAUAGAACAUUUUAAUACAGACUAUCCAAUUAAGUAAAUGUCAAUAUUCUGUUGUCAGUUGUCAAAGUUAUUUACUAAAUUGUGUCAAUAUAAAUAAGACCUUUGUGAGGAAUUAUCUAUAAUUGUUUUACUAUUUGGGGACCAAAGUCUUCAAUUCAUGUAAACUAGAUUUAAGUUGAUUAACAUAUAUGUAUCAUAAAUCUAUUUUUUGUUUUUUUAGAAAAAUAAAAUCAUAAAAAAAACAAUAUGUAGUAUUGUACAAUGUUAAAAAAUAUGAUGGGUAACACAUCAUAUUACUGGUAAUGACGAGUGUAGCUUAACCUCGUUGAUCGAUCAGAGUCAUAAAAGCUGUUGUUCUUUAAGUGUUUCGUUUUUUUUAUAUAGACAUAAAUAUAUGUUUGCUACACGAAGGAUAUUUAACCCAUAAGCCCAUCGUAUUCUCAGCCACGACGAGUGUAGCUUAGCCUCGUUGAUUAGUAUGAGUGAGCUUAAUUAGCAAAUCUUAACAUAUUUAUUUUUAGCUACACAUAAGAAAGAAAGAAAAGAAUUUACGAGAUUUUUUUGACAAUGGGUAACCCAUCAUAUUCCUAGCCACUACUAGUGUAGCUUAUUGUUGUUAUUUGUAAAAUUCCCUGAGGAAUAUUUUAAGUUAAAUACAGUGUAAACUUUAUAUAACGACACUGAAGGGCCAGAGCUGUUAAAGAAGAGAAGAAAAAUCAGAAAAAAAAAUUUCAGACUAGUUACUAUUAGUUAAAAGAAUUUUGUUUGAAUGCUAUUGCAUAAAUUCCGUUAUUUUUGUCUGACGUCUUUUGCUGCACCAGUAACUCUUAUAUUCAUAUCUUGCGAAGCAUCUCGGUGUUAAAGCAAGUAUUUUUCAAUUAAUUUAGCUGUUUUUACUAAUUUUAGCCAAUUAAAAAGAACUUUUACCUUGAGUGUAUCAUGUACCAACCAACAAAAGUCAUUUUAUUUCGACCCUUUAGGGAGUUCGUCGUUAAAUCGAACGUUACUUGGAGUUUGCACUGUAUUUGUAAAUAGUUUUGUUACGAAUAGUUAAAAUAUAGAAACUGGGACCAAUUCACUUUUGGUUUACUGGAGAACAGUUAAUAAUUUAAUCGGCCUUAUGGUAUUUAGGAAGAUUUUCCCUGAUUUUCUGGAACUUGCGAUUCCAAUGAUUCUUUGGCUUACUUGGAGACGAGUUGCUUGUUAGAAAAUUACAACUAAUGUGCGUAGGUUAAAUAUACUUUCUACAUACACUACUGAUAUGGCAACUUGACUAAACCCCCAGAACUCCAGAAACAAUAAUUAUCUUAUAUCAAAACUUUCUUAAAACAUCGCUAUCUAUGUUCAGCAUUAGCUAACUUAACGUUGUGGUUUAUCUAGAAAGGGUCCAGUACGAGAAUAAGUGUUUCUGGAGUUCCAGAACUGAUGCAGUGCCGACGAUAUUAACUGCUUACUUAAAAAAUUACCCUUUUUGGCAAUUUUUCUCCUACCUACAAUUUUUGUAAUUUUUUAAACUACCCACAUGUGUUUUAAUUUUCUAACCUACCCACAUUUUUCACGUUUAUCUAAGGGUUCCUAUAAUUAACUAAUCGUUGCCUCCUAUGGUUCGUACGUUAAGAAAGUGUAUGUAAUAUUGAAAGCGGUGCCUUAAAUGUGCCUAUAUUAGUUAAUAGAUAAGCAUAUAGGCUUAUGAGUAGUGCUUUAAGUGUGUCAACGUUUCGACAAUCAAAUAGGCUUGCUUCACUAUAAGUGUUUUAAAGCUUGUAUGCCUCAGAUGUUAUAAUAAUUUACGGUUAGAUUAGCUUGCAGCACUAUAAGCCAGUAACAAUGAAGUGUUUAGUUAAGUUUCAUGCUUCGCCAUAAUACCUACUUUAAAAUGGAAGGAUAUAUGUGGCACUAUACUGUUAGAGCACGCAUGCGCGUUGCGAUACGGAGUAUUAAUGUUUUAAUUUAUAAGUAAUAAGUGUAUUUUGUUAAAAAUAAAUAAAUUUUAUGUCA